AUGUACUACGCGCUUCAUGCCGACCCGCACUGCAAGCGGUUCGAAGUCCAUGGGGGGUCGACUCAGAGGCCGGUGUUCUGUGAGAUCCACAAGCAGGAGCCGCUGAAGCUCUUCUGUGAGACCUGCGACCUGCUGACCUGUCGUGACUGCCAGCUGGUCAAGCACAAGGACCACAAUUACCAGUUCCUUGAAGAUGCUUAUAAAAACCAUAAACAGCACAUGGAGAGCAUGACCCAUCGGCUGCAGGAAAAACAGAAAAUGAUUGAAGAGGUAUCCAACUCCAUAAACAAUGGACUCCGACAGGUUCAUCAGAACCGCGCGACUGUUCAUAAUGAAAUAGAGAAAUCUAUCUGCAGUUUGAUUCUGGAGAUAAACAAGAAGGGCAAGAUGCUAGUUAAUCAACUUGAGGCUGUAACAAAGGACCAUGAGAGUGUCCUACGAAAACAACAGGAGGACAUCGGCUAUCUAUCCAGACACCUGGAUCAUGUCAUCAACUUCACCAAAUGGGCCACAGCCAGAAAUGGGGGCACAGCCCUGUUGUACUGUAAACGUUUGAUUCUGUUUCAGAUUGGAAAUCUCCUGCGGGCAAAAUGUAGUACCUCGUUUAUACCACUGAGUACUGUGCGCUUCCAGAACCGAUCCUCUUAUUGGGCCUCAAAUGUAGAUCUGGGCUCUUUACUGGUGGAGAGUGCACCAGGCCACCAGCUGGGCGGUUUUCAGGGUAUCCCUCAUCAGCUCCCCCACCCUGCGCUGGGCCCCUCAGGCUCACCCCACAGCUUCGCCCUGGGAGCACCCCAUACUACUCUGGCUCAGCUCCAAAUGCAGGUGGAGAAGCUAAACCCGCAGGCCAACUGGCAGCCCCAACCACCUCCUCCACCCUGGACGUGGUACCAGAGUGUCCGACUUCAGCGAACCAUCCCUGGGCCCCUGCAAGGAGGCCCCGCCCCCUCCCACAGUAUGAUGCCCCAACCAGGCCGCAGGUUCAUGGUGCCCCCUCCCAACCACGUCAGCCCAACUAGCAACUUUGAAAGCCCUGGGUUUACGCCCCAGCCUCUGAGGGGGAUGGGAAGCAGCUACCAACCCAAACCCAUGGAAGUCUUCUCCUCUCCACCUCUCUACACCCAUAUUACACCACUGCCCAUCAAUAGUGGCGUCAGCUCACCUCAAUCAGAUCAGACGAUUGAGCCUACAUAUCUGAAUAGGAGGAAUGAUUCAGGCGGUGCGAUGUACAUGCUGAAACCAAACUAUCCCCAGGGCUUGCCUCCAUGUUUUCAACACAUAAAUGUGCAAGGACAGCAGAAUUCACCAGGGUACGCUGCUGUUUCCCAGGAGGAGAAACCAGGCAUUGUUACCUGGAAACCUCCAGAAACACAUCAGGCCAGUGGAGCAGUGGGCUCAGCUGUCAAGAAGAGAAGAAGGUUGUCACCAGGGCCCAUCAUAGUCAUCAAAGAUGAGCCGGAUGAUGAGAGUGGCUACCUCAAAGCCCAUCAAAGAGCCAGCCUUCCUGACAGCACAGGUGACCAACCCCCAAUCAGUGCUCCUCUUCAAAGCACAGGUGACAAACCCCAUAGUCCUUCAGAGCCUCCAAGCAGCCCGUGGGACCAGAGUAAGACUAAUGCUCAAAAUCACAUCCGUAUCCUGGGAGGAGAACAGCAGGUAGACCAAGCCCCACUGGAGGACUCUAAAGAGGUCCUGUGUGCUGCGUGUGGGACAGGCGGAGAGCUGCUGAACUGUGAUCAGUGUCCCAGGAGGUUUCACCUUUCCUGCCAUGUUCCAACUCUCCUCAAAUCUCCCAGUGGGAAAUGGUUUUGCUCAUUCUGCCGUGAUCUGUUAGUGCCAGAGAUGGAUUAUGACUGCGAACCUGAAGCCAAAACAGUGAAGAAGGAGCCAGAUUCUGAAGGAGGAUUUCACCCUGUGGACAAACGAAAGUGUGAGAGGCUGUUGCUGCACUUGCUUUGCAGCAAGCUGAGUUCAGACCUUCAAGGCCCUGUAUCCCCCCCGGUAUGUGCUAAUAACAGGGUGACUACAAAGGGACCGAUUCAUCUUUCCGCUCUGAGAAAACGACUUGAAGCAAAGCAGAGUCUGUGCUACAAAAGCCCUGCAGAGUUUGUGUCAGACAUCAGGCUUGUCCUCAAUCAGGUGGACGCAGAGGGCAGGAAGCUGGGCGGAAAGCUUAAAGAGCAGUUUGAGGAAUACCUGAAGAGCAUCUUCCCUGACCAGACCUUUCCAGAAAUCAAAAAGGAGAUGAUGCCUUCUGCUCCUCCUGACUCUCUUUUCUCAUCUUUUGACCACAAAUCCCAGCAUGCAAAGGAUCCAUGUCCAGACUCCCAGGAUACACCGAUCUGUCCCAGUGGAGAGGGGGGAGAAGUAUGAAAGAAAGACAUAUUUUGAAACGUUCGAAAACACUGCCAGCACCAGCUAAUAUUUGGUGUGUUCAACUUUAUACUUGAACUUGAUACACAAUCAUCUUCAGGCCACAACACAUUUGUCCUUCCUUUUCUUUUUCCUUAGAUUUUCUGGACCAAGCUGCAUGGCAAAUGUUGCAUUCACACUGAAUUCAAAGACAUGACUGCUAUAUAUUACUACAGGCAUAAAUAAUAAGAUUUAUGCAAAAUGUACAUACAUGCAGAACAUUUGGGUGUUUACAGGGUAAAGCGGAACCAGCUAUUCAGUCUUGUUUUGGUUAAAUUACGAGAUCAAGUCAUCAAUUUACUGAAGUUAAAUGCAUUCAUUAGCUCUGAGCUUACACACUGUGGUCAGGUCUGGAGUGUUUUUCCUGUUCAGCUCUCCAUGUGUAAAUACAGCAGUGUUCAGUGGAAGGAUGAUAAUCAUGCAGCUUUGAUGUUUUUUCAUAUGUGGAAUAAAAUGUGUUACGAGGCCAGUCAAGAAAAACAAUGGAGUCAAAGCUGUUUGAUAAAACCCAAAACGAUUUACAUUG